CAUUGCUAUAUAUAUAUUCUCACCUCGUCGCCCGACAUUAUUUAAUUUAAAUUUUUCCUCGUUUAAUUUGUGAUAUUCAAUUUGAUUUUGGCUCAAAAUUCAUAGAAGCUUCAGAAUUCCCUGGAAGCAUUGAAAAAAAUAAAAUAAAAUCACAGCUUGUUUCAAGAGGUUAUCUUUUUUUUCCUCCUCAAGCGAAGUUUGAAUAAAGAAGGUUUUCAAUUUUGUUACUAGCAAGAGUUAUUUAUGGCGGAAAAUCACAAGAAAGCUGCGGGUCGCCUGUGUUACCUUUGCAACCAAAGAAGGGCUGCCCUCAAAAGACCUAAAACCCUAGAGCAGAUAUGCAGGGAGUGUUUCUACGAGGUAUUCGAGGAAGAGAUUCAUCAGGUGAUUGUGAAAAACCAGCUGUUUAAGCCCGGUGAGCGGAUUGCUAUCGGUGCCUCCGGUGGAAAAGAUUCGACAGUGCUUGCUUAUGUUUUAUCCGAGUUGAAUCGUCGACACAAUUAUGGGCUGGAUCUCUUCCUCUUGUCUGUUGAUGAAGGCAUUACUGGAUAUAGGGAUGACUCCCUUGAGACGGUUAAAAGAAAUGAAAUUCAGUAUGGGCUGCCGUUAAAGAUUGUUUCCUACAAGGAUUUGUAUGGAUGGACGAUGGAUGAGAUAGUGAAGAUGAUUGGUUUAAAGAACAAUUGUACAUUUUGUGGUGUUUUUCGUAGGCAGGCCCUUGAUCGUGGCUCUGCAUUGUUGAAAGUAGACAAGCUGGUUACUGGACACAAUGCAGAUGAUAUUGCCGAAACUGUACUCUUGAAUAUAUUGCGAGGGGAUAUUGCUAGAUUGAGUAGAUGCACAUCAAUAACCACUGGGGAGGAUGGACCAAUUCCAAGAUGCAAGCCAUUUAAGUACACCUAUGAGAAGGAGAUUGUUAUGUAUGCUUAUUUCAAGAGGCUGGACUACUUCUCCACUGAAUGCAUAUAUUCACCUAAUGCAUAUCGUGGUUUUGCUCGUGAGUUCAUCAAAGAUUUGGAGAGGAUGAGACCAAGGGCGAUACUUGACAUUAUCAAAUCAGGGGAAGAUUUUAGAAUUUCCACUUCUACGAAAAUGCCGGAGCAGGGGACAUGUGAACGAUGUGGUUACAUUUCAAGCCAGAAAUGGUGUAAAGCCUGUGUUCUGCUUGAAGGACUGAAUAAGGGUUUGCCUAAGCUGGGAAUUGGACGAAGUCGAGGCCUAGAUAACGACCAUAGGAAGGAUGUGAAACAAAGUAAUGGAACAAAGAAUAUUGAGGGCAAACAAUGUGGAAGUUUGGACUUCUGAUGUAGUUGUUUCAUUUGAGUUUUGGGGAUUUCUUGCAAUUGAUUCAUGGUGUCAACGGAAAGUCACUGAAUAGAGUAUACUUGGAAGGUAAUUUCUUGAAGAGAAAUGCAUAUUUUAGAUGCCAGGGACCACAUGGUUACUGGAAUUGAUUUGAUAUUUGAGGUUAUUCAGGAGAGAUAACGUUUGCAUUUGAAGGUACAUCAGUUGACUGCUAAUACAACAAAAGAAUGAAGAAGUGAAUGGUGGAAUAUAUGUUGGCACAUGGGGGCUGAAUAAAAAGUGCACAAGCAUUUCUUCUCUUUUGGUUUGUUGAGUUAAUUAUAGAAGUAACAAACAGUGUGUGUGUGUGUGUGUGUGUGUGUGUGUGUGUGUGUGUGUGUGUGUGUGUGUUGGGGGGGGGGGGAUUUGGGAGGAGUCUUUCAUUCAACAGAUGGAACUCAUGCUGUAGUGGAAUCCAUUUCAUCAUUUCACUGAUCUUGCUUCUUGUUAAUGUUUUUUGUUCCCAGGAACGAGCCUGGGAAAAAUGUCAUUGCUUUGUAUUAGAAUUAGAAUAGCAAGGAUUGCUUAUUACAUGGAUGUGCUACUUUUGUCAAUUCCCAGCGUCUGUUUUACCAUUUCGUUUUGGCAAUGAUAGAAUAUUCCUCUUUUCAUUUUCUA